UGUUGAAUUUUUAUAGAUGCACAAGUUUAUUUCAAAAAGAUAUUACUAUAAUAAUAUUACGUUCAAACAAUAAGAUAGUAAAAAUUAAACAUAUCGUAAGUAUACGAUAGUCUUAAUCAGAGGAUAUUAAAAAAGUAAAAUAGUGUUUUAAGAUAAAUACAACAUAAACCAGGUCUAAAAUGAAUUCAAAUUCUGCCACGCCCAGUGUCCCUCAGGUGCCGCUUCUUGAUGAUGAUACAAUUGCAUUUGGCGAGGAAGAUAAUGCCAACAAACAAUUUGUACACCCAUACAUUGUGUUUUUUCAUCUAGUCUUCCGAUGUUCUGCUAUAGUAGUGUACAUUCUGUGUGGAUGGUUUUCUGACUCCUUUAUAGCCAGUUUUGUAUUAGUAACUCUAUUGCUAUCAGCAGAUUUUUGGACUGUAAAAAAUAUAAGCGGACGUUUACUUGUGGGGCUAAGAUGGUGGAACUAUGUGGAUGAUGAAGGGAAAUCCCAUUGGGUUUUCGAGUCUCAACAAAAUCGCGUAAAUCGCAAUGAAAGCCGCCUUUUCUGGUUAGGGCUCACCUUGUGCCCUCUCAUUUGGUCUGGCUUCUUUAUUAUCAGUCUGCUAAGCUUCAAGUUCAGAUGGAUGCUUCUAGUUAUGAUUGCUCUGACUCUGACGGGGGCAAACCUUUACGGAUAUGUGAAAUGUAAAUUUGGUGCAAAGGAGAACCUAAAGUCUGUCACGACAGACUUCGUGAAGAAACAGUUCCUGGCCAACGCCACAUCUUUCAUGUUUGCUCAGCCAGCUCCUCCUAAUGUUAACACCAACUCUGGUGUUGUCUAGAUUAUUUAGGUAUAGUUUUACAUUAUAAUGUUAAAAGUAACUUAAAUUUCAAUUUACAAUUUAUGUAUUUUUAUGUUUAAUUUAUUAUUAAAUACCGAUGAAGGAUUUUUGUUCUUCGUGUUACUAAAUUGGUGUCACUUUAGAAUGACAGGUUCUAUUGUAUAGUAUUUAAAAAAAAUCUAUUUAUUACAAACAACAAAAAUAAAAUAACGGUUGAGUACUGUCAUUAAUGAUUGAAUUAAUUCUUUGUAAUCAAAACAAUAACAUCAUAAUGUAAUUAUUACUAAGAAUAGGUACGUCAUAGCUAAAAUAAUUACAAUUAAAUUAUUUUGAAAACGAA